CAACCAGUCUGCAGUUGGCUUUCUGGUGGCAAAGACGCGUCGCAAUAGUCUCGGAAAAAUAUCAAAGGAAAAACUCGAGUUGCGAGAGUCGGGAAACCGAAUCCGAAACCUUAUCGAAUCGAAUCCAGCCUAACAUUUGGCUUUACUUUCAAUUUGUACUUUAUUUCGGAUCAGUUUUUUGGGAUAUGCAUAUAUUCCCAUUCUAAAUUUUAAAAAUUAUUUUUGAUCAAAAGAUCCAUCGCUUCGCUUUCAAUUUCGCUGCGUGUGUGUAUGAAGUGAGUGUGCGGCGACAUUCGCUUUUCAAAAGCACUGGAAAAACUCGCAAGGAUUUCACUUUGAGCCGCGCUUUUGCCGGCUUCCAUUGGAAUUGCCAUCAAUUUGAAAGAAGAAACAAAACUAGUUCAAGGCAGCUUUGCAGUAUCUUUCAGAUACAGAUACAUCCGCGGCUUAUUGAGCCCCCCCUCCUAACCGAACAACAUGGAGCUAUCGCUGUCACCAAAAGAAACGGAAGUCCGUCCCAACACCAUUCCAGACCUUAAAGUGGAUGCCACUUUUCGCAAGGUGGCUAAAAAUGCAAUAACCUUUGCCAUUUGGAAAAUUGACGAAGAUCGUCUGGAGGCUGUACCCAGAUCGCUGUAUGGAACCUUCUACGAUAACUGUGCCUACAUUAUCUACGCAGCUAGUUUGUCUGGACAUUACGCCAAUCACGAAACUAUCACACGCGAACAGAAGCCAAAUGUGGUUCUGGAGCGAUAUAUUCACUAUUGGUUGGGAAAGAAUGUCAGCGAACAGAAUCGUUCCAAUGUGGUGCACAAAAUCCAGGAGCUGGACUCGUAUCUGGCAAAUGUAUCUUCUAUAUAUCGGGAGACUCAGAGUCUGGAGAGUGCCAGAUUUCUUUCUUACUUCAAAAAGGGCUACGACGUUCGAUCCGGAGCCCUGAUAAACGCUGCUUUGAGGCCACGACUCUUUCAACUGCACGCCCGCAAAUGGUUGCGAUCCAUUGAGUUGGCCACCAUUGAUUGGUCUCACUUCAACUCGGAUUAUAUAAUGGUCCUGCAAACGGAAAGCCUGAUCUUUGUGUGGAUUGGUCGCUCUAGUUCUGGAAUUGAGCGUCGAAGUGCCCUGGCCUGGGUUCAAAAGCACUGUUCAGGAUCUCCUAUCACCAUUGUAGACGAUGGUUACGAACAGGCCAUGUCACAGCAGAAUAAAGAGCUGUGGAACUCCCUGCUUCCACUAAAGAAACGUAUUGUCUGCCAGGCCAGCCAGUUGGUCAGCGAAUACGCCGACUACAACAGCAAUAAAUUCCGAAUCUACAAGUGCAACCAACGGGGAAGAUUGCAUCUGGAUCAAUUGGAUGUCGGCAUGCCAGCAAAAGAUGAUCUGAGUGAUGCCCAUGGUGUGUACCUGCUGGAUAAUUACGGUCAGAGCAUUUGGAUGUGGGUGGGCGCUCAAGCUCCGCAAGCAGAUGCCCUUUCUGCGAUGGGAAAUGGGCGGGCUUUUGUAAAGAAAAAGAAGUAUCCGGAUAACACUCUGGUGGUGCGGGUUUUGGAAGGUCACGAGCCAGUCGAGUUCAAGCGUCUCUUUGCCAAUUGGUUAAACGUGUGGCAGGAGAAUACUAGGGGCCACAAACCAGUGUCCACGAAGUUCGGAAAGCUGGAUGCCCAUUCUCUAUGUGAACGUCCUAAGAUGGCUGCUGAUACACAGCUCGUCGAUGAUGGCAGGGGUGAAAGGAUAGUAUAUCGCAUCUGGGGAGAUCAGGUGCAAGAGGUUCCCAUUUCUAAGACGGUGGUUUUCACCACCAAUGCAAGCUAUGUGGUCAAGUACAGUGUGCAGUGCGCCACUGUAGUUCCUGCGGACUUGGCUUCUGUUGGUAUUAAAACCAUCAUUUAUCAAUGGAAUGGCUCGGAGGCUUCGGCGGAAUCAAUUUCCCGGGCGGACAAGUUUGCCAAGGCCAGUUUUGAUGCUCUCAAGGAGCCAGGGAUGUUCGUCCAGCUUUAUGAGUUCGAUGAGCCGCCGCACUUCCUUCAGAUCUUCGAGGGGAAACUAAUUAUUAUGCGAGGUCAGCGCAGCGACAUGCUUUAUAAUGGGAGCUCAAGUUUGGGUGACCUGAAAAGUAAUGUGUUACUGGAUACGUUUCUGCUUAAGGUUUACGGAGAUGCUAGUUACAAUGCUAAGGCUGUGGAGGAGACUCCCCUUUCGUCGAUCAGUUCCAAAGAUUGCUAUGUGAUCAAAACAAAUCAUGUUUGGGUAUGGUGUGGUCAAAGUAGCACGGGAGACGCUCGCGAGAUGGCCAAAUCGGUGGGAGCUCUGCUGGGGGAGAGCUCACUGGUCCUCGAAGGCAAGGAAAGCAAGGAGUUUUGGCAAUCGGUGGCAAUGUACUUCAAUCAAACUCUAGUGAUCAAUGGAAAUGGGAACUCGUGCUCCAGUAGCACAAGCAGCAGCAGUGGGGCUGGUAGUAUGUGCAAUGGUAGCUCCAAUGGUGGAAACCUAUCGCCCACUCUGAGCAACAAUUGUUACUUGAACACCAGUGUUCCGUGUAAGCCGAGACCUCCUGUUCAGCUUUUUAUGGUCUGGUGGCAACAGAGUUCCUUGCGGUACGAGGAAAUUCUUGGUUUCGAUCAGCAGGAUCUCAGUUCGGAUUGCACGUAUAUUCUGGACACUGGAACCCUCACCUACGUCUGGUUGGGAUCACAGGCUCUAAACCAAGAGCGCUACACAGCCAUUGCCCAGAGUUAUGUGCAGAAUGCUCCAUUCGGUCGCAGGUCGGCUACAGCAUUGGCCGUGGUCAGACAGUUCCAGGAACCAAAUGUCUUUAAAGGAUUCUUCGAGUGCUGGCAAAACGAAUAUGGAAAGAACUUCCUUUCCUACGAGAAAAUGCGUAAGGAUCUGGGAAACGAAGUCCCCACUACAUGUAGCCCAGCAAAUGACGGAUCAGCACUGAUUCUAAACAACAGACAGAAGGACUUUGAUGGUCAUAAAAAGUAUCCACUGACAGUUCUCAUCCAGGAGAUGGACAUGCUGCCACCAGAAAUAAAUCCCCUAAAGAGAGAGGUUCAUCUCACUCAUGAUGAUUUUGUAUCUGUUUUUAAAAUGUCAUUUUAUGAAUUUGACGAGCUGCCCAAAUGGAAGAAAAUGGAGCUGAAAAAACAGUUCAAAUUGUUUUAAGCUUCGCAACUUGUUAAAAUGCGCAUAAUGAGAGCGCACUGUACAUAAUCCUCACUUUUUAAGAAUACUAUAAAGAAAUAGUAGCUGUUGAAGCAAUUUAUGUUAAAUAUAAACACACGUAGACAUAAUAAAGCGAAAACAUGGAACUUUUACAAUUAAAAA